GUUCCUUUUUUCCGCCGCGUUAGCUGCCACUAGGAACUUCGCUCUUGACUCAGUUUAGGAAUCACUGGAAAAAUUGAACCUCGGACCGGUUUUUUGACUCUUCUUCUGCCUGCCCCACGACUUGUUUUUUGGCUUUUGACUCGGACUGUUAGACCUCGCAUCUUCUUACCCCUCGGCUUGUCUCCCCCGCUCGUUGCCAACUCGGACCGCCUGACUUCGCUUUCCGGAUCAUGCCAUCGGUGCCCUUCAAAAAGUGCUCCGUGUGUGGGGGUAAGAUUCCUGGCCAGGAUCCCCAUUUGUCCUGUCUUUUCUGCCUGGGAGAGACGCACAUUCCAGCAUCGUGCGCUCUCUGUAAGUCCCUAACCCCUCAGGCGCGAAAGAAUCGGGAGACCAGGUUGAAGGCUGCGAUAUAUACCAAAGUCUUCACAUCAGGGGCAAUGACUUCUGCGGGGGCUUCUUCUUCCUCUGCGACCCCCUUGCCAACUGUCGCCGAAGCUCCAACCCAGGAGCCUUCAGAUGACCCACUGGCGCGGACUGCCGCCCCGGACCCUCCAGACCAGGACCCAUCGGGAGAAGUCCCUCGGCCCUCGAAGAAGGACAAAAAACACAAGAAGGGGCCCAAGGAGGGUCGCGACACUGCAAAGGACUCGAGCUCCCAUAAGGGUUCAGCCUCGAGAUCCUCUGUCCCGAAGGCACCCACUUCCUCCACCUCGAAGUCGGGUUCCACUUCGGCCUCCUCGGCCAUCAAGGCCUUGACUCCUUCCGGCUCGACCAGGUCACCGACUAAGGCGGCGUGCUCUUCCACAUCUAAGAGACCCCGCACCUCCUCUUUGGAGAGAGAUCGUUCGGCGAAGCGCCGUCACCAGGACGAGCGAGAUCCGUCUAUGGCCGUCAAUGUAGAGGUGUCACGUAGCCGCCCAGAUCCGGAGCGAGAGCGCACGGACACCAAUCGGAGAUCGCCGGGUGCCGAAGGUCGACCAUCGGACCCCCGGAUGGCAUCACGGGCAUCUAGGCCUCAAACUGAUGAACGCUCUGAUCACCGGUUCGAGUCACCACUGAGGUCCCGACCCGCGCUGCCAGACCCGGUUUCUCCCGUCAGUUCUAGAGACGACCGCCGCUCGCUCACUCCAAUGCCAACUCGUACCCGUCGAGUGGUCUCGCCAUCGCCAUCUCGAGAAAGGGAACCGGAGUAUUAUUACGAUACUGAGACCGACAGAUAUUACAAACUGGUCCCUCGGGAUGAUGAAGACUCUCUUUUUCAACCUCGGGACCGGAGACCCAGACCAAGGGCUGCUUCCAGACCCUCCAGGGCAUCGACGUUCUCACCUCGCCGGGUGGACGCCCCCACCAAUCUGGAGGUCGUGGAGCUCGAGUCGGACGACGAAACAUCAUCCCGAGCCCGUUAUCGCCCCAGAGGCGAUUCCCUAUCCUCCAGGGAAGAUGACUACCAGUCCAUCUCUCAGGACUUCGCCCAGCCUGGGGCCGUCUCACCAUCGGAUGAUGUCAGGUCCUUCGCAGAGCACGUCAUAAAGAUGUCUAAUGCUCUGGACAUUAAGACUUCCCAGGUCGAGGAUGAAGCAUCUGACCCGAUUGAGAGGCGGGUCCACGGCAAGCUGCCAACCCCACCGGCGAUUCCCCUUCUCCCUUCGCUGGAGAAGUUGGCCAGGCGCUCCUGGGAAGCUCCCUCAUCGACUUCAUCCAACAACAGAAAGGUGGAGUCUCUCUAUAGGAUCGCUCCAGCUACUCCGUCAUGGCUGUUCGGACAUCCUAAACAAAACUCAGCCAUUGUGGAGGGAUCCCAGCGAGCAUCGACCCCGAAAGCCUCCUUGAUGCCCUCAGACAGAGAAGCAAAGAAGAUCGAUGCUCUGGCCAAAAAGGCCUAUUUCUCGUCGGCUCUAGGCAUGCGAGUUGCAAACUACAACGCGUGCAUGGGAGCUUAUAUUCAGUGGCUGAUGGAGAAGAUCUCCCCCCUUGUGCCAGACCUACCAGAUGACUCCCAGACAAUUCUUUCAGAAGUCCGCGAUGAGGCCCAUUCCAUCGGGAGUUGGCUUAUCACCUCGGCCAGGCAUGCUACCGACUGCUCUGCCAAGUCUAUGGCGGCUGCUAUAGCGCUCCGCAGACACGCUUGGUUACGGUCGUCGGACCUGAACCAGAACGCCCGUACGACCAUCGAAGACAUGCCAUUUGAUGAGGAGGGCCUGUUCCAUCGAGAGACCGAUGAAAAGCUCAACUUUAAGUACAGGAUGAGAACCGCGGCAAAAAAGCACGCAGGAUUUGUGGUUUGCCACCAUCGACUUAAAGGACGCCUACUUCCAUGUAAGCAUCCGGGAGUCCCACCGCAGGUUCUUGGCCUUCGCCAUCGGGACGGAGGUCUACAGGUACAACGUCCUCCCCUUCGGCCUGUCUACAGCACCUCGCACCUUCACCAAGUGCAUGGCACCCAUAAUAUCUCAUCUCCACCGCCGAGGCAUGAGGAUCUUCCCUUAUCUGGACGACUGGCUCUUUGUCUCCCCGUCACCUCAACAACUGCGCCGACACACUUCAGAGGCGCUCCAGCUCUUACGGGACCUAGGAUUACUAGUCAACCUCGACAAAUCCCAGCUGCUCCCCACCAAGCAGAUAAAAUUCAUAGGGUCCAUCCUCGACUCCAACGACUGUAUGGCAUACCUACCUCCAGACCGCUUUCGGGCCCUGGUUCGGGCCGUCAACCACUGCACCGCCCAGAGGCGAGUACCAGCCAGAGACAUCCAGGUGGCCUUGGGGCACAUGGCGUCGACGACAUUCGUCACACCGUGGGCAAGGCUUCGGUCUCGACCUCUGCAAUCAUGGUUCCUGUCGGCGUUCGACCCAGAAAAGGACCCCCCGUCCCGCAGGCUGACCAUCCCGAGACCUGUCGCGCGCUCCCUCCGUUGGUGGCUCAGCUCCCGCAACGUCUGCGUCGGCAUGCCUUUUUCGCUCCCUCAGCCAGAGCUGGUGCUCACCACAGACGCGUCCGAAGAAGGAUGGGGAGCCCAUGUCCUGGACUUAUGGGCCAAAGGCAUCUGGUCCCGGGACGAAGGGACACUCCACAUCAACGCUCUAGAGUUGUUGGCAGUGGAGAAGGCCUUGAGAGCCUUCGAGUCUUCUCUGCUAGGCAGGGUCAUCCAGCUCAGAACAGACAACACCACGGUAAUGUACUAUCUGAACAAACAGGGAGGCACCAGGUCCCGCACUCUCCUGGACAUAACCCUCCGGAUAUGGGACUGGUGCAUCACCCGAGACAUCAUGCUUCAAGCGGUACACUUACCAGGCAUCCAGAACUCCCAUGCAGAUCUACUCAGCAGGUCUCCGUCAUCCUGCCACGAAUGGAGACUCCAUCCACAGACAGUACACGAUCUCUUCACCAGAUGGGGAACUCCUCAGUUAGACCUGUUUGCAACGGUGUACAACUCCCAUUGUCCCCAGUUCUGCUCCCGGACGCCGAACGAUGGCUCUCUCGGAGAUGCGUUCGGGCUUCGAUGGUCGGGGAUGAUGCUAUACGCCUUUCCCCCCUUCCCGCUCAUCACCAAGGUAGUGGCCAAGAUGACCACGGAGGCGGCCAACGCGAUCCUGAUCACGCCCUGGUGGCCGACACAACCAUGGUUUCCCUGCCUUCUUCACCUUUCUCAAGCCAAUUUUCUCCGGCUCGAGCCCAGGCCAGACCUUCUGACAGUCCAGGGAGGACGAGUCCGACACCCGGACAUCGAGACCCUUCCCCUGGUCGCUUGGAGAAUCCGUCCCUAGCGCAGUUGCCAGCCCCGGUGCGGAGAGUCAUUUUAGCAUCCCAAAAGCCGGCCACCCAAAAGUCAUAUGGGCUGAAAUGGAAAAAGUUUCUUCAGUUCUUAUCAGAUAGACAUCUUUCACCAGACCAGGUAACAACGCCCCUGGUCCUUGAAUUUCUGAUGUCAUUGGUUGAUGCGGGACUCUGCCUAACGUCUGUCAAGUGCUACCUGUCGGCUAUUUGUUCAUUUUUUCAAUUCGAGGGCAAGCCCUCAUUUUUCAAAGAUCCCCUUGUUAAAAGAUUCCUAAAAGGAUGUAAUAACUUGCACCCUCAGGUCUCCUUGCCGACUCCAGCCUGGAGCCUCGACAUAGUACUCGGGGCCCUACAGUCCAAACCCUUCGAGCCCUUGGCCACCACAGACAUUAGACUCCUGACCUGGAAAACGGUUUUCCUGGUGGCCAUUACCUCUGCCCGUCGUGCGGGUGAACUUUGUGCCUUGCGCCGGGACCAGCCCUUCUUACGAUUCCACUUGGACAAGGUGGUUCUCAGAACGGACAUUACCUUCCUACCCAAGGUUGUCUCUGCGUUCCAUAUGUGUCAGGACAUUGUUUUGCCGACUUUGGCUCCAAACCCGACUACCGACGUUGAGAGAACCCUUCAUACCCUUGAUGUUCGUAGGGCCCUAGCUUUUUAUUUGCAUAGGACCAAGGACCACAGCCGUUCCGAUAGACUGUUCCAGUGCUACUCGGAACCGAAAAAGGGACUCCCAGUCUCGGCCCAAAGACUCUCGAAGUGGGUGUCCAGCACUAUUCUCCUGUCCUACGAACUCUUGGGCAAACCUUUACCUGCUAGAGUUCGCUCCCAUACCACAAGGGCGGUAGCGGCCUCUUCUGCCUUUCUGUCUGGCGUCCCUUUGGAUGACAUCUGUAAGGCUGCUGUAUGGUCUCAACCUUUAACCUUUAUUAAGCAUUAUAGGUUGGACACAAGAGCCAAAAGGGACGCUACCUUUGGGAGAGCUGUUUUGCUGUCAGGACUGCAUUGACUUUAGCUUAACCGCUGAACUCGAAAUUUGACAGCACAAGACUCGGGGCUUACAUCUUGAGGUGGGAUAUGUUUCUUAUUAAGAGUUUAUAAACAAACCAUACAACUAGCUUGGUUCUCCAUUGUUUUUUAUUGGUACCAUUUAUAUUGGUGUUCUUUCAGGUGUCAUGACACUCCCGCCUCCACUGACCUUAGCUCGCCAGUCUCAACCCAUUUGUAUGAUUCGCAGAGACCACGAAGAAGAAGGACAGGUUGCUUACCUGUAACAGUAUUUCUUCGAGUGGUCAUCUGCGAAUACAUACAAAUCCCGCCCAUCCUCCCCUCAGUGUCCUGCUCAGAUUGGCUCAUUCUCUUGUCGCCUACAUGGCGGAAAAAUUGCGGAACUGGGGAAAAGAGCGGGAACGGAGGUUUUAUAGGGGAUGGGCGGGGUUACCGCCAAAAAGUUUCAAC